GGUAGAGUGGUAUGGAUGCCCUCUCUCCAGAGAACCAGUACACAUACACCGUGUCCAGACCCAUCUACUCCAACCCCACGUUUGAGGAGGACAACGAGAGGCAGGCCCGGGAGGAGAGGACCCUGAGGGAGAGAUUCAGCCGCUCCUGUGGCUGCUCAGGUAGGCAGGCCCUGAAGGUGGUGAAAGGAAUCUUUCCUGUCAUUGACUGGCUCUCCAGAUACCCAAUCAGAGAGUGGCUUCCCAGUGAUGUCAUCUCUGGUGUUAGCACUGGUCUGGUGUGCAGCUUACAAGGUCCUGGGGCCUAUGCCCUGCUUGUGUCUGUGGCUCCAGUCUAUGGACUCUACUCCGCCCUCUUCCCCGUCCUCACCUACUUCCUGCUGGGCACCUCCAGACACAUCUCUGUGGGUCCCUUCCCUGUCACCUGUCUAAUGGUGGGCUCCAUCGUGUUGACCCUCGCUCCCGAUGAUCACUUCCUGCUUCCUGUGAAUGGCACCGGUGUGAAUGAAACAGGGGCUGAUGGGAUUGUGGUGGACGUGGAGGCCAUGGAGGCCCAGAGGAUCAUGGUGGCGUCCUCCAUGACUGUGCUGGUCGGGCUGUUCCAGGUGGUUAUGGGGCUGCUCCAAGUGGGCUUCCUGGUCCGUUACCUGUCAGACCCCCUGGUGGGCGGCUUCACCACUGCCGCUGCCUUCCACGUCCUCAUCUCCCAGCUGAAGAUUGUCCUCUCCGUCCCCACUAACAACCACAAUGGCUGCUUCUCCAUCCUCUACACGCUCAACGACGUGUUUACCAACAUCAGACAGACCAACAUGGCUGACCUGGUCUCUGGGCUGCUCACCAUUGUCAUUGUCAUGGCUGUAAAAGAGGUCAACACCAAAUUCCGCCACAAGAUUCCCGUCCCCAUCCCCAUCGAAGUGAUUGUGACCGUGGUUGCCACUGGGAUCUCCUACGCCACGGAGCUGGAGCGCACUCACGGCGCCAGCAUUGUGCACAGCAUCCCCAGGGGGUUUGCUCCAGCUCAGCCUCCAAACACAGAGCUGCUGUGGAACAUUCUGGGCUCCAGUUUCUCUACAGCAGUAGUGGGCUAUGCAGUGGCUGUCUCUGUGGCCAAGGUCUACGCUGCAAAACACGACUACACCAUCGACGGCAAUCAGGAGCUGAUAGCGUUUGGGUUCAGUAAUGUGUUCUGUGGCUGCUUCUCCAGCUUUGUGGCAAGCACUGCACUGUCCCGCACCGCUGUACAGGAGAGCACUGGAGGCAAGAGUCAGGUGGCUGGUAUAAUCUCAGCUGUGAUGGUAAUGAUUGUGAUCCUGGCUCUGGGGCACCUCUUGGAACCACUGCAGAAGUCAGUUCUGGCAGCCAUCGUCAUCGCCAACCUGAAGGGAAUGUUCAUGCAGGUGACAGAGGUGCCCACACUGUGGAGACAGAACAGAGCAGACUGUUUCAUCUGGCUGGCGACCUGCCUGGCUUCUGUGGUGUUGGGACUGGACGUGGGACUGCUGGCUGGCCUGGUGUUUGAGAUGGGAACUGUGGUGGUCAGGACACAGUUUCCUGCAUGCUCUACACUUGGAAACAUACCCGGCACAAACAUAUACAGGAACAUGAAAGACUACAAGAAUAUUGCAGAAGUUCCCGGAAUGAAGAUUUUUAAGUGCAACGCUCCCAUCUACUUUGCCAACAUUGAUUACUUCAAAGAGCGAUUGAGAGCCACGGUGGGGUUUGACUCUGUCAGAGUGUUCAAGAAGAGGAAUAAGGCCCUCAAGAAGAUUCACAAACUGAUAAAGAAAGGGAAACUGAGGGCAACCGAGACAGGGGAGGUGGUAUCCGAGGUCUCCCUGGGUGUCGACAACAAGGGCUUCGAGAGCGAGCGGGAGUCCGGGCAGGUGGAGGACGGGGAUUGGCCUGUGCCAGAGGUGGAGGUCCGUGUGGAUUGGGCCUUGGAGCUGCCAGUCAGAGUGUCGGUACCUAAGGUACAGAUCCACAGCCUGGUUCUGGACUUCUCAGCCGUGUCCUUCCUAGAUGUGGUGGCCGUCAAGUCCCUCAGGCUGGUCAUUAAAGAGUUCCUACGCAUCGGAGUCAAUGUCUACAUCGCAGGCUGUGACGAUGAAAUCGUACGGAAAAUGGAAGCCUUGGCCUUCUUCGACGAGGAGGUUACACGAGAUCUCCUCUUUCUCUCUGUCCACGACGCCAUCCUCUUCAUCAAACUGGAGACAGCCAAUGGGAGCAUGCAGGAUGCCAUGGUUGAGGGGCUUUCUCUAACGCGGGAUUGCAAGGAGCCACCGCCUUUCACUGAGGAAGAGGACCUGAUUGAGACCUACGACAACCAGCAUAGAGCCAUCCAUGGACUCUCCAACUAACACAGAAGAGCUGACCAUGUAUCUGUGUUCUCUGUGAACGAGGAUCAACCAGUAUACAUUACUUUCCAUAAGGGACCACAGUCAAAUCAGGGGACACUGACGAUGGAUUUCCCCCAGACUACAGCUCAAACUCAGGGGAAGUUACAGUUAGCCAACUGAGUGUAACUUUGGAGUGGACUAAGAGGGUGAUUUGAGGCAGCCGAUCAUUGAUAUCUCUCUUUAACAACCGUAAAGUAUCUUAAUUAUAUCAAUUAAUAAAAACUAAUUUAUAUGUAUUUAUUUAUAUUGUUCUAAACUCUCUGCUAUGUCAAGGCCCUUCUCCUUUACAAGUGUAAUAAUAUCAAUAGGGAUGAACUACAACAGGAGUUAGGCAUGUCCUUUUCCUUGUGCGCAAUUCGACAACAGCACCAUUGUUUGUGUUUGUGUCGAGGGCUUUCAGAAGAACAAAUGCAUAAAUACAGAAGUCCUACUCAUCCAUGCAGCCGCAGUUGAUCUGUGUUAUAAACACUCAGUUUCCUCCCUCCCGAGAUGGGCACUCCCAUGGGGCAGAAGGGACAUCGGAGGACAUCAGCUGAACCUGGAGGAGGGAAGCAGAGACACUUCUGUUUUAUUUGUGACCUCCUCUACCCAUCCACUGCACAGGAAGGGAUGUCAUACAGGAAGAGUUGAAGUGUGUUUAAACAAAGAUUGUCCAUUAUAUUGACAAGAUAUUAGAGUGACUGCUCUACCAAUGGAAAUACAUGUCCUCAAAGACGGAAGGCAGGCGGAAGGUGGCGAGAUCAGGUGAGAUUCUAGCCAAUGAGAGAGUAGAUACGUGUGUGAACAACAGGCCAUAGAGAUAGAUAGAGGACUCAUCUUUGUAUCUGUGCCAUUAUAGUGUCUGUACCAGCAUUGGCAGCGCCAUUGAAGCUAUCUCAAUUUUUUAAGUAGUCCGUUUUUUUCUUUUUCAUUAGCUGAUUUCUCCCGACUCAUUGCCUGAGGACUCAAACUGAAUUCUUCCGCUGCUCUAUCAUUCGCUACAUACUUCAGUCUGAGACUGCCAUCAUUGAAGUCGUUUGUGGUGAUGUCAAAAUGUGAGGUGUUGUACAAAACAAAGUCAUUAGCGAUUGGAUAAUCUCUAACCAAGCAGAGUAUCAAAGCCAAUGACGAAUUUUCAAACGCCGCUUUACCCUCGUGUGUUCUGGCUCUGGGCCAAUCCAUCGGUUUCUGGGACCAAUCAGAUGGUCUAGAACGGAUUUCCAUUCUAGAAAUCGUCGGGGAGUUACUUAGAUCCAGACUCAUUGCAGAGAAGAAACUAACGUCUGUGGGCAUGGAGUAAGCUUUUGACUGGAGCAAGGAGUUUGGGUAGCCAGGCACCCAACUCAUAGGAAUCCCCACCCAGUUGAUUACUUUAUAAUGGUGA